UCUCCGAACGAAAGAACCACCUUCAUCCGGAGUCGCAAUCAUGUCGGACGGCGAAGUCGAAGUCGAGAGCCCCUCCGGCUACCUCGUCCUGCCCAAAGAGGUCACCGAGGAGAUUGGCAGCAUCAAGCUGUUCAACAAGUGGAGCUACGAGGAUGUCGAGAUCCGGGAUAUCUCGUUGACCGAUUACAUCCAAAUCCGGUCGCCCGUCUACAUCUCACAUUCUGCCGGCCGCUAUGCCGUCAAGCGGUUCAGGAAGGCCCAGUGCCCCAUCAUUGAGCGCCUGACCAACUCGCUCAUGAUGAACGGCCGCAACAACGGAAAGAAGCUCAUGGCUGUCCGCAUCGUUGCCCACUCCUUCGAGAUCAUCCACAUAAUGACCGACCAGAACCCGAUCCAAGUCGCCGUCGACGCCAUCGUCAACUGCGGCCCCCGCGAAGACUCCACCCGCAUCGGUUCCGCGGGUACCGUCCGUCGCCAGGCCGUCGAUGUCUCUCCCCUGCGCCGCGUCAACCAGGCCAUCGCCCUCCUCACCAUCGGCGCCCGCGAGGCCGCCUUCCGUAACGUCAAGAGCAUCGCCGAGUGCCUCGCUGAAGAGCUGAUCAACGCUGCCAAGGGCAGCAGCAACUCGUACGCGAUCAAAAAGAAGGACGAGUUGGAGCGUGUGGCGAAGAGCAAUCGGUAAAGGGUUCAUAAUUCUGCGCUGGUGGCUAGGUGUGGCGGUGUCAAGGCUGGAGAUGAAAAGCUAGGUAGAGGCCCGUUUCAAGGUCCGGAAUUGGAAUGGGGGACCACUCUGAUGGUGGGCUUUGCAUGUACCCGGGCUGACGAAGCGAAUCAAAUACACAUUUUCAUGGUUGCAUGGUAGCAAAGAAUGGGACGUUGUUUGAAACUCCAACUGCUGACGAACUUGGUACGGCGUAUAUGUGUGGCAGGCUGAUAGAGGCAGAGAAAAUGCUCUCGAGUGCAUCAAAUUCCAAAGGCCUUGUACGGCUUGAUGGCAUUUCAAGAGUGUUCAACACAAGAUUCAAAUUAUACUAAAGCACAAGCACUAUCAAUCUAACCACAUAGAGAUAUCUCCCAUUC